CUCCUCCUCCUCCUCCUCCUCCUCCUCCUCCUCCUCCCGGCUCUAAUCCCCGCAGACGGCGCCGAGCGCGAGCAGCCGACAGGAGCAGCUCUGUCUCUGCUGACUUGGUGUUCCUGCUUCCACUCUGGAGGAGAUGGGGCGCAAGGAGGAGGAAGGCAGCGGCUCCUGGAAGAAGCAGACCAGCAACAUCCGCAAAACCUUCAUCUUCAUGGAGGCCCUGGGCUCAGGUGCCUUCUCAGAAGUUUUCCUGGUGAAGCAGAAAAGCACUGGCAAGCUCUUUGCUCUGAAAUGCAUCAAGAAGUCUCCUCUCAACAGGGACAGCAGCCUGGAGAAUGAAAUAGCAGUGCUGAAAAAGAUAAAGCACGAAAACAUCGUGACUCUGGAGGAUAUUUAUGAGAGCACAACCCACUUCUACCUGGUCAUGCAGCUGGUGUCGGGGGGAGAGCUGUUUGACAGGAUCCUGGAGCGGGGCGUGUACACCGAGAAGGACGCGAGCCUGGUGAUCCACCAGGUGCUGACAGCUGUCAAAUACCUGCACGAGAACGGCAUCGUGCACCGGGACCUGAAGCCUGAGAACCUGCUGUACCUCACCCCCGAGGAGAACUCCAAAAUCAUGAUCACGGAUUUCGGCCUGUCGAAAAUGGAGCAGAACGGGAUCAUGUCCACGGCCUGUGGGACCCCAGGAUACGUGGCCCCCGAGGUGCUGGCCCAGAAGCCCUACAGCAAAGCCGUGGACUGCUGGUCCAUCGGGGUCAUCACCUACAUCCUGCUCUGUGGGUACCCUCCUUUCUACGAGGAAACCGAGUCCAAACUCUUUGAGAAGAUCAAGGAAGGCUACUACGAGUUCGAGUCUCCGUUUUGGGACGAUAUCUCCGAGUCAGCCAAGGACUUCAUCCGGCACCUCCUGGAGAAGAACCCGAGCGCGAGGUUCACCUGCGAGGAGGCCCUGCGGCACCCGUGGAUUAAUGGAAAUACAGCCCUUCACCGUGACAUCUACCCAUCUGUCAGUGCUCAGAUCCAGAAAAACUUUGCAAAGAGCAAAUGGAGGCAAGCCUUCAACGCCGCGGCCGUCGUGCACCACAUGAAGAAGCUGCACAUGAGUGGCCACGGUGGGGCUGAGGGCUCUGUCCCUGCCCCAGAGACCUCCGAGCCCCCCAGGCCCAGCAGCCCCACGGGGACCCCCCCGCCAGCAGCACCAAGUGACGACAAGGACACAACUCAGGCCCCCUCUCAGCGGCACCCAAACCCACCCAAACCCCCUCAGCCCCAGCAGGAGAUGGGAAUGGGGGAGGAAAAGCUGCCAAGCCUCCUGGAGGAGGAACCCCUGUCCAGGGAGAGGAGCCUGGCCCUGCUGGACACCCCCAGCCCCCUAGAGGAGGGACCCCUGCUUGGGGACAGCAGCCUGGCCCUGCCACACACCCCCAGCCCCCCAGAGGAGGGACCCCUGCCUGGGGACAGCAGCCUGGCCCUGCCUGACAGCCACAGCCCCCCGGGCAGGAGCGCCUGUGGCUGCAGCCCCUCCUGUGUGGGCCAUGAGAAGACAAAGGCCUCCUCCUGCUCCGAGACAGUGCUGCUGAAAAAGUCUUCAAAAUCCCAUCAUUUCAAGUCAGAGGUUCUCGUUCCAGUGAAAACCAGUAAACACUCGUCUCACUGUGGCACUGGGCAAACUGGAGUUUGUUUGAUCAUGUGAUGGAGGCAGCCACGUGGUCAGAGGACCAGAAGGGCUCUUUGACUCUUUUCUGCACUUCAGAGCCGGCAGUGGGAGCAGAAAGGAGGCUCUGCCCUGCCAGCAGCUCUGGAGAGCAGUGACCUGCUGGGGCCAGGGGCACAGCAGUGCCAGGAUCCAUCCCUGCAGUCAGCUCGGGGUGUUUCUGGAUCAUUCCAGCCGGGAGGAGGCGAGUGAAGGUCUGAGGCUCCUGCUCCCACACCCAGUGUACAUUCUCUUAGGGCAUCAUCAGCUUCUGUUUCCUGCCCCCUGUUUAGCUGUCAAUGCACCACUGCCCUGCACAGCAUCAGCCCCACAAACCAAAGCCAUGCAGAGCUUCCCUCCUGGGGCAGCUCCCUUGUUUUUACAGCCCUCACCCUCUCCUCUCCUGGGCCUUGGUUAGUCCAGGCUUUGGCACUCUGGAGUUCAGCUGCCCAGGCUGCCCAGCCCUCAGUGCAGCUCAACAGGAGGGAGAACCUGCUAGAAACCUCCCUGUGUGUGACAAUGCCACAGCAAGGUCUGAGCUCCCCUUCCAAGGCUGUAAUUGCACAAUGAACACUUGCUGAAUAAAGCUGAGAUUUGUUUUGUAAA